UUUUAUGUGUUAAAAUCAUUUGAUCAACAGUUUUAUACUGUGGAGAUUCUUCUUCAGUUUCUGUAAUUUCAAAGAACUGGUUCAAGUGAGGUGAAUACAAAAGUACGCCACGUUUCAGUUUUAUCUUACAGAAAAAUUAAACAAAACAAAGAAACAUUUAUCAUUACACUUCCACUUAAAAGUUCUGAAUCAUUUUGUGUUGGUCUGUCACAUAAAAUCCUGAAGUUUGGGAUUAGAAUGUAAAAAAAAACACAUUAAAAAGUGGACUAACUUUAAGCAAAGUCAGGUAAACUACAAAAACAAACAUUUUGUUCUCCAUAAAUCAGGUUUCAUAAGUCCUUUUAGCUCAAAUAUUUUUCAGAGGUUGCAGUUAGAUUUUUUACAUCAUAGCUGAAAUCUUCUCUCAGUACAUUUUUGUUUGUGUACCAGGUCAGACCAUAUGUCUGUAUAUUAAUGCACAUCUGUGCAGUCACCCCACUGACAUUCCUCUGUCUGACUCGACUCUGAGGACCUUGCAGUCUUCUUCCUUGUCUUUCCUGCGAGGGAUCGCAUAUCCAGCGGGGUCAGAGGGCUGCAGCCUGUCACUGAUGACUUCUUGUAUGGCCCCUUUCAGACAUGCACUCCUUCACAUUUAUCUGAUGGGAGCUGAACAUGAUGACUUGGCUUCGUGUCUUUUAGCCAAGGAAUGUGAAUAAGCGAGCAACAAAGGGUGUGUCUUCUAUUUGCUUUAACAGAUAAUGUGAAGCUUUAUUUGGAUACUGAAAAACUCUUGUUUAAGAUAUUUUCAUCUUAGAUAUAUUUCCACAUCAUGAACUUUUGUUAUUUCUUGAAAAGUAAUUUUAUUUUGGGGGACUAGACAACAAAGAUUCUGGAGAAAAAAAUUAUUUACCUUCCUUCAAAUUCUGACACAUUACAUAAUGGAAAAUGGUACUUUAAACAAAAUACAAUAAAAUACUGUUUUGAUAUUUAACCAAAAUAAUUUUUUUUCAUAUUAUAAAUUAUUGUAUUAGGUUAUAAUGGUGAUGUAUUUGUUGCAUGUGUCUAAUUGUAUGUAUACAGAAAUAGGAAAGGUGCAGAUAUUUACUUUAAAAAGUAAAAUAUUCCUAAAGACUAAGUGUUUGCACAUUUUUAUUUUUCUUGUAAUUGUUUUCAUAUUGUAUGGCUGCAUGAAAGACAUUUUUUCUUUUUUGUAAAUAUACCUUUCUCUCUUUAAAAACUACAUCCAUUUAUUUGUCAUUAUGGGCCCCUAUUACCAUGCGCCCGCGGCCGCAGUUAUCAGUUUCCGUCUAUACAAAUAUAAUACAGCUGCACUAAGGACAUAAAGAGGCGCUUUUCGCCUUUUUUAGCUAAAAACGCAGCGAAAAAACAGACAAAGCAGCAGAAUUAGCUCCCUUUGACAGGGGGGCGUUAACAUCUUUUACGUCUCCGUGACGCCGCAGCCCUCCCAACCCAAAAAGCUCCAACAUCCACACGGAGCGGCAGUUUCUAUCCCCAUCUCCGUCCCGUUGAAUCCGCUGUAGGUUCAGAGGAACUGAAGCUGAGUUUGAUACGGCGCGUGGCGUUGAUGUAGACCCAUGAUGGACGCCUGGCCAGCUGUGGCCUGGAUCCUGAUGCUGAUGUCAGUUUCUGAGUGGACGGAAACCGCAGAGUCACGGGAUUUCACCAUGAAGGACAUAAUUCAGCUGCAUCCUUCAACCACACCUCAUCCAGGUGGUUUCAAAUGUUUCACAUGUCAGGACGCUGCAGAUAACUACAACUGCAACCGCUGGGCUCCAGAUGUUUACUGUCCAAAGGAUACGAGUUACUGCUACACGCUCCACAUGAUGGAUAACCAUGGCGACAGCGUUUCUGUGACAAAGCGCUGCGCGACCUUGGAGCACUGCCGCUUCGCCGGCUGCGUCAACAUCACCCACAACGGCUUCCAGGUGUGCACGUCCUGUUGCCACGGAAACAUCUGCAACGUGCUGGUGCCGAGGAACGACAGCGGCGCCGUGUUCUCCUCGGCCGGGCCUCUGGUGGGCGCGGGCAGCACGCCGCGUCCCGCUGCACUACGUUACAUCACCCUCAUCACUGCCAGCAGCUGCUGGACACAUUUAAGGAGUCAAAUCAUUUAACACACAAAAUAUCCUGUAAACUAGGAAUUCAUCAAGCCUACAGAUGACUAUGUUUAACUGUUAUUUAUGUUGAAUAUUUAAAAAUGCAUCACUUUAUUAUUUUCUAUGCAGGUUUUUUUUAAAUAAAAUAAACUGUAAAUGUGAUUUGGAUGAUGUUUUACCCAGAGGAGAAGCUCUAUGGGAUUUUCUGAUAAACACAAAAUAUUGUAUAAAUGUUACAAUUUAAAUUGGUACUUUGCUAUUUUUUAUUUAUAAAUUCGAGAAAAGUGUGGAAUAUAUUUGCUUUCCAAACCUUUCAGGCAGAAGCGAGAAACUUUUAAUAGCUUGUGGUUUGUGGUUGUAAGAGAACAAAAUUUAAUUUUAAAAAAAUUAUUGAAAGGGGUUUUAAUUAUUUUCCAAGGCAACAUGUAUUAUCAGAAAUCAAAACAGAGCCUGUGAGUAAAAUCUUGAACCAUUAAAGUCAUUCAACUUUAAUCUAAUUCCAGAAGAACAAUUUAGGAAAAGAUCAUCUUCUGUCCCAUGCCUCGUUUUACCAAGAUACAAAUCAUAUUUAUUGACCGAUAUAUACAAGGCAGAACUAAGUGCUAUUUUAGAUUUGUGACUGAAAAUAUAAACAUAUUUAAGAUGUUUUGUUGCACUAAAAUGACCGUGCAGGAAGAAAACAAGAACAGCUGUGGAAGCAUUAUUCUGGUACUCUUAAUUAAAUGCUUAUUUCAUGUUUUAACUUUUAUGCAUUUUGGUUAAAAUUUUGUCUAAUUUUUCUGUGAAUAAACUUAUAAAACCAG